AUGUUGUCACCUAAUGCCAAUGUCACAAUAACAAAUAAUCACUUUUCAGUUUUUUAUUUGCUGCACUCAGUUAAUGCGGCGGCAGUACGUGCUGGCCUGCAGCACUGGAUGGACAACACCUGCAUCAAGUUUACCCCAGUUAGCAACAACACCAAUCAGCCUUACCUCAGAUAUUAUUACGGUUCUGGAUGCUGGUCUAACGUUGGAUAUCAACGCAUUAUUGGUCAAAAUAUCUCCAUAGGCAGAAACUGUGACAAGCUGGGCACCGUAGUUCACGAGACUGGCCACGCCAUUGGCUUCUUCCAUGAACAAUCACGACCCGAUCGAGACAACUAUGUUAAAAUAAUUUUCUCGAACAUUGCCUCUAACAAUACAUUCAACUUUCUCAAGCGCAACACGACCCAGAUCAACGACUACGAUGUCCUCUACGACUACUCUUCCGUGAUGCACUAUGGCUGUCUGUAUCGUUCAAUGAACGGGAAUUUGACCAUCAGCACUGUCGACCCUUUCGCCCAAACUAUCAUUGGCCAGCGCACUGGCCUCUCUCACCGUGACAAACUUCUGGCCAACCGCAUGUACAACUGCACAGAAUCAAGAUGCAUUUAUGUGAUCAAAGCUCCAACAUGCUACAUCCCUAAACUCACCUUCAAGAACUUCUCAAUGUCCGGCUAUGAAAAUCGCUGCGACACCGGUGUUUGCUGCAAAGUCGACUUCCUGGAGAUCAGGACCACCAGUCUCACCAAUGGCAAUUUGUAUUGCAACACUGACAUAAAAUCCGGCCAAGUCUUCACGUCGUCCCAGAACACAAUGAUUCUUUUCUUCUUCACUACUAGUAACAAUUUUACUGGUUUCUCGGCUAAUGUCUCCUUCACACCGAUAUCAGGAUGCAAGUGAGACACGAAACUGCUUUGGAAUCUUUCAAAAUACCUGUGUGUAGACUCGUACGUGAUUAUUAACUAAACUCCUGAGUGCAUACUGGACUACAUCUUGAUGAGUGGCAGGGAAGACCUAUCCAUCCUCAUCCACUUACAUGUUCUGCGGCACAGAAUUAAAGUCCGUCACUACUACUAGCAAUAUGGCAUUAAUAGCAUACAAUGGCAGUCCAGGGCUUUAUGUACACUAUGUCAGAUGACCAAAAGCUCCAAAGGCGGGUCAUCAUCUGACUAAGACCCGCGUCAGGAAACAUUU